CCCCAUCUCUCAAAUAUGACUGUAAUUUCCAAUGAUCCCAGUUGGUGGCCAACAAUCAAUUCAAGUACUAUUUUCAGCUAUUGGACAGUUGCUGCCGGCGUCAUGGUAAUAUAUGAUUGGGUACUAACACUGGAACAAGAGAUUGAACUGAUAUGGAGGCAACGCUGGUCUCUCAUGACUGUGCUGUAUUUGGUUGUUCGUGUUAUACUAUAUAGCGUGGUCGGCAGGUUAUACUAACUCCAAUAUGUUUUAGGUACGUUAUAUUGGAAUACCAUAUGCUGU